CCCGGAAGUGACGCUCCCGCCCCACCGGAAGCAGGAAGUUAUCCGGCUCUCCCCAUGCCUGUGCUGAGGAGGUCAGGGGGCGGGGCAUGGAAAGAUGGCGGCGAAUGUAGCGAGGAGUCGGCUCUGGGGUGGAAUACAGCGAUAUGGACUGCCAAGGUACCGGCGCUACAGCAGCUCCGGCAGUGCCUACCCCAGCAUCCCCCUCUCCACGCCCCUCCCCAAGCUCCCCAAGCCCAUCUUUGCCAAAGUCGACGGGCAGGAGAAAUUCGAAACGAAAGUGACCACCCUGGAGAAUGGGCUACGGGUGGCGUCGCAGAACAAAUUCGGGCAGUUCUGCACAGUUGGGAUUCUUAUCAACUCCGGAUCGCGGUACGAGACUAAAUACCUCAGCGGAAUCUCACACUUUCUGGAAAAACUGGCUUUUUCAUCCACAGCGCAGUUCGGCAGCAAAGAUGAGAUCCUCCUCACGCUGGAGAAACACGGAGGCAUUUGUGACUGCCAGACCUCUAGAGACACCACCAUGUACGCCGUGUCUGCGGACUCCAAGGGCUUGGAUACAGUCGUCAGUCUGUUGUCUGAGGUGGUUCUGCAACCCAGGCUCUCCGAGGAAGAGAUUGAGAUGACCCGUAUGGCUGUCCGGUUCGAACUGGAAGAUCUGAACAUGAGACCGGACCCGGAACCCCUGCUGACAGAAAUGAUACAUGCAGCUGCGUACCGAGGGAACACAGUGGGGCUUCCCAGGUUCUGCCCGGUGGAAAACAUCGACAAGAUCAGCCAGAAAACCCUGCACAAUUACCUGCACAACUACUACACCCCCGACAGGAUGGUGCUGGCCGGCGUGGGCAUAGAACACGAGCACCUAGUGGAAUGCGCCAAGAAGUACCUGCUGGGGGUGGCGCCGGUGUGGGCGUCGGGGAAGGCCAAGACUAUCGACAGAUCCAUUUCCCAGUACACGGGGGGGAUCGUCAAGGUGGAAAAGGACAUGUCGGACGUCAGCCUCGGCCCCACCCCCAUCCCAGAACUCGCCCAUAUUAUGAUUGGCCUGGAGAGCUGCUCCUUUUUGGAAGAGGACUUCAUCCCCUUCGCUGUUUUAAACAUGAUGAUGGGGGGCGGCGGCUCCUUCUCCGCAGGGGGGCCGGGGAAAGGCAUGUUCACAAGGCUGUACCUCAACGUGCUUAACAGGCACCACUGGAUGUACAACGCCACGUCCUACCAUCACAGCUAUGAAGAUACCGGGCUGCUGUGCAUCCAUGCUAGCGCCGAUCCUCGCCAGGUCAGGGACAUGGUGGAAAUAAUCACUCGGGAAUUCACUUUGAUGGCCGGAUCCGUCGGGGAGGUGGAAUUGAAUCGAGCCAAGACCCAACUGAAAUCCAUGCUGAUGAUGAACCUGGAAUCUCGGCCUGUGAUCUUCGAAGACGUUGGCAGACAAGUGCUGGCCACCGGUGCCAGGAAGCUUCCCCACGAGCUGUGUAAUCUAAUUAACAACGUGAAAGCCAGCGACAUCAAACGCGUUGCCACCAAGAUGCUACGUAACAAGCCCGCCGUGGCCGCCCUGGGGGACCUGACCGACCUGCCGGAUUACGAACACAUUCAAGCUGCCCUGUCUAGUAAAGAUGGACGCCUGCCCCGAUCUUACCGCCUCUUUCGAUAGUAUGGCAGCCCCCUCCCCUUGCAUCUACUAAUUUAUACGACAGACUGUGAAUUUUUGCACAGAGGCAGGACCUGUUUUUGGUAGUCAGUGGUCCUUCUAUUGGGAUUCUGAUCCAGGACAAGUCUGUGUAUAGGCUUUAACAUCUUCUGCCCGCUCCACCGGACAUAAAAAUCCCCCAGAACCCCCUCAUUUCUGUUAUAAUAACUCUAUGCACUGAGGCAGGAUUACAGGCACACAAUGGCUUGAGUUUGGAUUUAUUAUGUUACUAUAUUUAGGUUUCUUUUGCCAAAAGGGUUAAUCGACCCACUUGUUUAGUCCUAAUUAAAUGGGUUCUGAGAUAUUAAUUUGUAUGUAUGUGUCACAUGGUACACCUGAGGGUGUGGUUUACUUGUUACAGAAUGCACUCACCUUAUUAUCUUGUCUGUUGAGCAGAGCUAAAGUAAUGUUUCAGUAAAAAGGCUGUUGUAUGAUCACGACUCCCAGCCGCCCUUCACCAGCUAAAGUAGGAAAGCUGGGAGUAGAAGUUGUACGUUAUAUGAAGUGCAGAUCAGUGAGAAGCAACUUAAACUGUUAUUGUAAAGACAAUCUUACCUCCUUCUUGUCAAUAAACAUGUACAGUUCAAUAUGAAA